AUGAGUCAAACAAAGAACAAAAAUUCCUCAGGGAAGGAGACUAAACCCCAGACUUCAUUUGUCAACAAAUUCUUCAGGGGCUCAAAACACAGGUCCUCCAAAGCCGAAAGCACAAGAGAGAGCAACAACCUUGAGACAAGUGAUUGUCAACCCAGUGAUGGGACAGAGGAGACAACCAUCCCAGACCCUGCCAAAUCUCAGCCUCUUAGCUCAGAAACAGAAGAGGGAUCCAGGGCAGAGAAAAAUGAACAGUUCCUGCAGAAGCUGAGCAAAAAGGCUGUCGACAAGUAUCUGAUCCUGAAUAACUGUGGAUUAACAACAUCAGACAUGAGAGAACUGGUUGCCUUACUUCCUUUUCUCCCAGACUUGGAAGAACUGGAUAUUUCCUGGAAUGACUUUGUAGGUGGAACCCUCCACUUAAUCACCCAGAAAAUUCAUCUUGUCAGCAAGUUAAAAAUCCUGAGGCUGGGUAGCUGCAGACUUACCCGUGAUGAUGUUAAAGCCCUAGGAGAAGCACUUAAAGUGAUACCAGAACUUGAAGAGCUAAAGUUGUCCUGGAACAGAAAAGUGGGAGGAAACUUGCCUCUGAUCCUCCAGAAGUUCCAAGAAGGGAGCAAGAUACAAACCCUUGAACUUGUGGAUUGUGCCCUCACGUCAGAAGAUGGGGCAUUUAUGGGUCAAUUGCUACCUAUGCUGCAAAAUCUUGAAGUACUUGAUCUUUCCAUUAAUAGAAACAUCAGUGGCAGUCUAAACAGUAUUUCUCAGGGAUUAAAACAUACUUCAAAUCUGAAAGUAUUGAAAUUACAUUCAUGUGGAUUAUCACAAGACAGUAUCAAAAUAUUGGAUGCUGCUUUUAGAUACUUGUGCAAUCUAAGAAGAUUAGAUCUUUCCUGCAACAAAGAUCUGGGCGGAGCUUUUGAAGACCCACCAGCUCAGUUGACAACACUGAGGCAUCUGCAAGACCUUGAUCUCCACCAAUGCUCACUGACAGCAGAUGACGUGGUGUCACUCACCCAAGUCAUUCCUUUGUUCUCGAAUCUCCAAGAACUGGAUUUAUCAGCCAACAAAAAGAUGGGCAGUUCUUCUGAAAACCUACUCAGUAGGCUCCGAUUUUUACCAGCAUUGAAGUCUUUACUAAUUAACAACUGUGCUUUGGAAAAUGAAACUUUUACAGCUCUAGCUGAAGCCUCCGUUCACCUCCCUGGUCUAGAAAUAUUCAGCCUUUCUUGGAAUAAGUGUGUUGGUGGCAACCUGAAGUUGCUUCUGGAAACACUAAAACUUUCAACAUCUCUUCAAGUACUGAGGCUGAGCAGCUGUUCCCUGGUGACAGAGGAUGUGGCUCUCUUGGCUUCAAUAAUACAGACAGGUCAUCUGGCCAAAUUACAGAAGCUUGACUUGAGCUAUAAUGAUAGCAUCUGUAAUACAGGAUGGACCAUCUUCUGCCAGAAUGUGCAGUUCCUCAAAGAGUUAACUGAGCUGGAUAUCAGCCUUCGGCCAUCAAAUUUUCGGGAUUGUGGACAAUGGUUUGGACACUUGCUAAGUGCUAUGACCAAACUUCCUGAAAUCACUGAGAUAGGAAUGAAAAGAUGGAUUCUCUCAGCUUCACAGGAAGAAGAACUGGAAUGCUUCAACCAGGAUCACAAAAGCAGCAUUCACUUUGACCAUGGUGGAUUUCAGUAAGCUGAUUUUCUCAAGUGUUAUUUACUGUAAACCAUUCUCCAAAUGAGGAAAAGAACAUGAAUGAAUCCCACUAUAACCAACUAUCAUCUUAUGGACUAUUUAAUGGGACUUAAAUUACAAGAUAUUUGUAAAUAUAUCUAUACA